AUGGGAGACCACAGACCCUUCAGCACCGGGGAUUUAAAAGACAGGAAAGAUUGGAGGUUAGAGAAUGGUGUUUUCGCUCGUUCCAGAGCAGAAACGUAUAACGGUUCGCCUUCGCCGUAUUUUUGCGACUACACUAACACGGCGACCUGUUACAACUGUCUUUUUGACGCGGCCCAAGGAAGGCAAUUCUGCGAAAUCAUGGGCUCUAAGUAUUGCCAUGAGUGUAUCAGGGAAAAAAGAAAAAAAGACAUCGAAGAAGAAGUUUUCAGCGCUCUGGGUAUUUCACAAAACAUGAAUGAAGCUUCUUUGAGCGAUACUAUACUUUAUAUGAGGCGUGAAGGCCCACAAGCCAUGCGCAGUCCGAGUUCUAUGGUAAUCCGGCCAAAUGAUAGAAAAUGGUUUGUUCGUUUGCACAAUUUUAACUCGAAUUCGGAGUAUUAUAUCAACCCUGUGGAUGGAAUCAAAACUAAUCUAGCUCCCUCGUGUCAGACAGCCACUUUCGAAGGACGUUCGGUACCAGUUGAAACACGAGAAAGGGAAAUUCAGGAAGUGUGGAAUCAAACAAAGCCAACUCAAAAUGAGUUUCUUCUGGUUCCUGAAAAUGGCCAAGGCGCGGAGCAGGUGUUUGAAUGGUCUUUGAACAGAAAGAAGAGAAAAAUGGGAACUGCGAACUCUAAAAGAAAGUUCGUGACGUUUAAUGGACUUCCUAUCGAACCGCCCUUGAUUACUGUUGAUUUGUCUAAUCAAAUUAUGAAUCACACCACUCCAAACGAU